AUGACCACUUGGGACCCGUUGCAAUAUUGUAGUCCUGAAGAGCUGUCCCGUCUCGAAGAGAGGUUUGAUUACGCAUUACGAGAUGUAACUUGCCUGGUGUUUUGGACUGGGGUCCCCCUCGAGCUCGCCCAGCGCUGGGCGGAGCAACAUGGGCUACCGACACUAACCAUCGCUAUGGGUCCGUUGUACAGCGGCCGCGAUGCAGGUAGCGCGAGAUGCGGAAAGUCCUCAAAUGCCUGGUCUAAGUAUAUGAAAGGGGCUUCUGGUCUAUUUGCAGAAUAUGCCUGUCGCGGUAACCGACAAGCAGUUGUUCUGGCUAAGCCGCCACCGAUCAUCUACAGCACAAGAAAGAGAUCUAACUAUCGAGACCUGGAAGAGCCGAUUUUGAAAGGGGUCUUCGGGGGACCCGGUACUGUCCGGAUCGAGUACGUACAUCCUACAGUCACGGGCGCGGCAACCUUUCAAUAUCAGGUUUGGCCUCUCGACAGAUCAAGCGCGUGGUACACAUUCUUCGGAAACCCUUUGCCAGAAGUGCCCACGGACCAAAAGACCGCAGUUAUGAUGCAGGGGAAGCAGGAUAAACCAGCUCAAAAGAAACGGCCAAAAGCUCAGGAGAGACAAAAGAAGGCAGACUUAGAACGACAGAAGGUUCAGGAAAAAAAAGAGACCAAUCGAAAGCGAGCGGAGCUAGAGCAGCGGAUGGCUCAGGAACAGAAAGCGGCCAAACGAAGGAAAGCCGAAUUGGAGCAGCGAAUGGCUCAGGAGAGGAAAGCGGCCAAACGAAAGAGAGCCGAAUUGGAGCAACGAAUGGCUCAGGAAAAGAAAGAAGCGAAACGGAAGAAGGCUGAGUUGGAGCAGCGAAUGGCUCAGGAAAAGAAAGAAGCGAAACGAAAGAAGGCUGAGCUGGAGCGGCAGCAAGCCUGGGCAAAGAAAGAGGCUAGACAAAAGCGAGCUGAGCUCGAGCGGCAGAAAGCUCAGGAGAAGAAACAAGCCAAACGGAGGAAGGUAGAAGAGGCCAUCAGGAAGAUGGUGUCGGCGUAG